AUGGACAAACGUGUGGAGAAGGAAAUCGCGUACUGCAUGCCAUGUCAGAUCACAGUGAAAACACCACAACAGGAACCACUAAAACCUACAGUGCUACCUGGUGAGCCAUGGCAACAGAUCUCCAUGGACCCCUUCCAACAGGUGAAUAUCUUCUGGUCGUCCAAUGUCUAUACUCGAGAUAUCCAGCGGUAGAAAUAGUUCGAUCCACCUCAGCGGAUACCUGCAUACCUGUUCUUGACAAGGUACUAUCUCAGUUUGGAAUACCUACACAAAUAACAAGUGACAAUGGGCCACCAUAUAACAGUGAAAAGUUUAGGCAAUAUGCCAAGUACAUGGGUUUUGAACACAAAAAGAAAAUACCAUAUGCCCCGUGGGCAAAUGGCACCACGGAGAACUUCAUGAAAAACCUAGGAAAACUUAUCGAAACAGCGCAAGAGGAAAAAUUAAACUGGCGCCAAGAACUCCACAAAUUUCUGCGUGCAUAUCGAGCCACUCCACAUCCAAUGACAAAGAAAUCGCCAGCUUCUCUCCUGUUUAAUGGGAGAAAAUACAAAACAAGACUACCGACACCCACCAGCAAAACCAUACUGGUUUACGACAAGGAAGUCAGGAAGAACGACCAGAUCAGCAAAAGAAAUAUGAAACUGCGAGCAGACAGCAAGAAGCAUGUCAAAACAAGCGAGAUCAAGGUCGGAGACAAAGUGCUAUGUCAACAAAAACGAGGGAGGAAACACCCCCCCCGCCUACAGCAAUGAAAUAAUGCGAGUCAUGAAACGAAAAGGCAGUCUGAUAGUAGCACGUGGGGAAACAAAGACGAUAACCAGACACGUCACCUUCUUUAAGAAAGUAACAGAGGACUUUGACGUAGAUACCUCUGACACCCCCUUGACAGAACUAGUACCACCCGGGAAUCAACGAAUAGUAGCAGACAUGAUUCACCCACCUGGGCAAGAACAACCAGGAAGAGAAAGACUCGGACUACAGAACCCGGAGGCCCUGGAGCCAAGAGAGAGAGUAUUAAGAGACGUGAAUCCAGAACCAGUACGCGAGGCCAGGCCGGUCAGAAACAGACGACCGCCAAUAAGAUUUAGGGAUGAAAACUAUGAAUAUAACUUAGAGGAAAAUUUAGAAGAGUAA